CUACGUGAGCCGAAAAAUCUCCCACGAUCCGAUACAAUGUCCUCGACCGGACACGACUUUCCCGGCGGUGCCGAGAAGAAGGAGAAAGAGGAAAAGCAGGAUGAGUUCGCGGACGAGGCGUCGUUGCCGCCGUCUAAGUACGAUAAUACGCACCGGAAGUUGAAGUCGCGGCAUAUACAGCUCAUCGGAAUCGGAGGAACCAUCGGCACAGCACUCUACGUGCAGAUCGGACGGGCAUUGAUGAAGGGCGGGCCGGCGAAUUUGUUUAUCGCGUUUACUUUCUGGUGCUCGGUGAUCCUUUGCAUCAACAACUCGCUGUCGGAGAUGGUCACAUACAUGCCGAUAUCUUCGCCGUUCGUACGGUUCGCGGGGAGGUUCGUCGACGAGAGCUUCGGUGUCGCGGCGGGUUGGAACUUUUUCAUAUUUGAGGCUGCUAUGGUACCGUUCGAGAUCGUCGCGUGCACGCAGAUUCUGGGAUACUGGGGGACUUCCGAGAAGGUACACGUUGGCGUCAUCAUUGCCAUCUGCAUAGCAUUAUACGCCGGCAUCAACUUGAUCGUGGUAAAGUUCUACGGCGAGAGUGAAUUCUGGCUCGCCCUCGGAAAACUCAUUCUCAUCAUCGGCCUGAUCGCCUUCACCUUCAUCACCAUGGUCGGCGGCAACCCGCAGCGCGAUGCCUACGGCUUCCGGUAUUGGAAGAACCCGGGCGCCUUCGCCGAACACUACUCGACCGGCGACCUCGGGCGGUUCAUGGGCUUCGUGGCGUGCCUGAUCCAAGCGUCCUUCACAAUCGCGGGACCGGACUACGUCGCGAUCUCCGCCGGCGAAGCCGAAAAUGCGCGGGUGGUGAUGCCGCGCGCCUUCAAAGCGGUGACGUACCGGCUAGUCGGUUUCUUCGUGCUCGGCUCGCUAGCGGUCGGGAUCGUGGUACCGCACAACGACCCGGUGAUGCGACGCGCAUUCCUCGAGGGCGCGCCAGACGCCGCCGCGAGCCCGUACGUCGUCGCCAUGGACCGCCUGCAGAUCCCGUUCUUGCCACACAUCGUCAACGCGCUGGUGCUGACGUCGGCGUUCUCGGCCGGGAACUCGUACGUGUACUGCGCUUCGCGGUGCCUGUUCGGGCUCGCGCUGGACGGGCAAGCGCCGAAGAUCUUCGCGCGCUGCACGCGCAGCGGAGUCCCGAUCUACAGCGUGCUCGUGGUCCUGGCCAUCGCCAUGCUCGCCUUCCUGCAGGUGUCCAACUCGGCGAGCGUCGUGCUGAGCUGGUUCGUUUCCCUCGUCACCGCCUCGCAGCUAAUCAACUUCUCCGUCAUCCUGUACACGUACCUGCGGUUCCGACGCGCGCUCGCCGCGCAAGGCACGCCCAUGUCCGCGCUGCCGUACAUGACCCGCUGGCAGCCGUACACGACGUACUUCGCGCUCACGUGCACGCUCGUGAUGUGCUUCGUCAGCGGGUACGAGGUGUUCCUCCCUGGGAACUGGAACAUCCCGACGUUCCUGUUCUCGUACACGAUGAUCGCGGUGUUCCCGUUGAUCUGGGUGGCGUGGAAGACGCUGAAGCGGACGAGCCGCGUGCCGCUAGAGGAGGUCAACACGUUCCGCGAGGAGCGCGAGGUCAUUGACGAGUACCAGAGGAAUUAUGUGGCGCCGAAACCACGGUGAGUGACAUUCUGUCUCGGAAGUCUGAUUGUGCCUGCGCGGCCGGGGGGAGGAGGCGCUGAUGAUGGUGAUGACAGGAACACGUUUUCGAAGUGGUGCGAUCGGAUUUUCGGGUGAGCGCGAGGGG